AUGAAUAUUGCGACCACAAAUAUUAGAGGGACGGGUAGGUCUUCUGAAGCCAAAGCAUCAAUGAUAAGAAGACUGAUAAAGGAGUACAACGUGGCGUUUUAUGCCAUUCAGGAGACACAACUUUCAAGCAUCAGCGAUGCUCAGAUUAGCAGACUCUGGAAUAACUCUUCGGUGGAUCAUGCCAUAGCAGAUGCGGCUGGUCGCUCGAGUGGGUUGAUUUCUUUAUGGAACUCCGCUAUUUUUCAGGUUAAUUUAAGAAUUAUUAAGCAACACUUUAUUGUCGUUGGAGGUAAAAUCUCUGGGUUGGAUGGGGAUCUGUUUAUUGUUAAUGUUUACGCUCCGAAUGAUGAGUGUAAACGUAAACAACUUUGGUCUGAACUUUUGGAGGUAAGGGAAGCUUUCGAAGGAUUAUUCGUUUUCCUUGGUGAUUUUAACGAGGUGAGAGUACAGGAAGACAGACUCAACUCGGUUUUCAACCCGAACAACGCUUUGGCAUUCAAUAACUUCAUAAGGUUGGCUGGUCUAUCCGAGUACAACAUGGGAGGUGCGAAAUUCACUUAUAUUACUCCGGAUGGGUCGAAACAUAGUAAACUUGAUAGAAUUUUCGUAUGUGACGGCUUCAUGGAUACUUGGCCUAACGCUAGUUUAACGGCUCUUCCCAGAGAGAAGCUAGACCAUAGACCUCUUAUUUUACAGGUCUCUUCGGGUAACUUUGGACCAAUCCCAUUCCGCUUUUUCAAUACUUGGCUUCAAGAGCCGGAAUUGGCUGAUGUGGUUAAGCUUACAAUGUCCCAGAUCGUUCAGUUUCAUACACAGGGGUUAAUUUUGGCAGGCUGUCUUAAAAGAUUGAAGGAAAACAUCAAGGAAUGGAGGAGAAAGAAAAAAGAGGUGGAGGACAAAUUGAUUGUCGAGGCAAAAGAGUUAGCUAAAAAUUUGGAGUUAAAAGCUGAAUCGGGAACUCUUAGCGAGGAGGAAAAAAAGAAAAGAUUUGAGGCGUAG